AUGAAUGAACAAAAGUCUAGCCGUAAGGAAUUUACCACGAGUCUAGGGAUGAAAAGGAAACGUGGCCACGCUGAUGGGAGUAGUGGUCGUAGCAUGAGGAGCACCAGUAGGAGAAGUCGAAGAAAUAGGAGCAACAGAAGAAGUAGGAGCAGUAGAAGAAGUAGAAGCAGUAGAAGAAGUAGAAGCAGUAGAAGAAGUAGAAGCAGCAGAAGAAGUAGAAGCAGCAGAAGAAGUAGAAGCAGCAGUAUCAGUCGAAGCAGCAGUAUCAGUCGAAGCAGCAGAAGAAGUAGAAGCAGCAGUAUCAGUCGAAGUAGUAGAAGGAGCCGAAGCCAAAGCAGCAGUAGCAACCGUAGAGGGAGAAACAAAUUUUCCCAUGGAGUCAACCAGGAUUUGUACCCUGGGAAGGACCAAGGAAGGAACCCAGAAAUGUGGAACCCUGUCAUAGCGGAGUCGGGAGGAGUUAAAAAGUUUGUGCUUAACCAGAAUAAGUCAUUAAUGGAAAGAACUAGUGAAGAGAAUUAUUACUCUAAGGAAAAUAAUUCUUUUGUAGGAGGGAAAAAGAAGGAUCCGUAUGAGGAUGGAGUAAACAGUGGGAUGUACAACUACCCCAGCAAUUAUCCCAACAACCAAGGGGAUGCAUAUUGGCAGAAUAAAACGCAAUUUAGCAACUGGGGACAUUUUUCAAAUGAUAAGACACAACUGACGCAACAUGAGAUGAACAUUUAUCAGAACAGCCAUCAGAACGGCUAUCCACAUGCAGAAGAGUUGAACGUAAAAGAUAAAAACGAAUUAGAGGAAUUACUACAACAAUGUGAAGAAUCAAGAAAAAAUAGCAGAAAUGUGUUAAACGAUUGGAUUUUAAAAAAGUGUACUAGUUUGCAUAAUAGUCAAGCUAUAUCAACUUAUUUUUAUAAUAAAAUAUUAAAAUGUGUAAUAUUUAAAAAUAAGUUAAACUUAAUUUGUACUUACAGUGAAUUAUUAAAAGGUCUUAUGUUUAAUGGGAGAAAAAAAGAGUUGGCCGAUUUUAAAGUUUACAUACAUUCAAUUAUUCAAGAUGGAUACACUUGUGCAUAUUACAAAGAUCACAGUUCGAUAAAUAUACUUCUACAAAUGGUGCAUACAUGGAAAGAGUUAUUCAUUACCAAUUUUAACGAAAAUAAAAUGUUACUAAAUAUAUUUCACAACGACAGUAGUAGUACAGCUACUUGGGGAGGAGGAAAAGUUUCCAUCGAUAUGUAUAAUCGAAUGAUGACGGAAGAAUCACACAAUAACUUAGACAGAAGGGUAGGAAAACCUAAUGUUGAGCACAAUAAUUGGGAUAAUUUCCCCCAUAGAUACUCUACAAAUAUUCAAGGUGGAAAACACGGAAAUAGUGGUUACUUUAAUAGUAGACAAAUUCCACCACCACCACCUGCACUUCCUCCGCCUCCGCCACCUGUUCCUUCAAAUGACUUUGUAAAUUUUCAGAAACCAUUCGAUCGACAUAAAAAAAAAUAUUUCUUAUUGGACGAGAACAGGAAGAACUACUAUAACCCUGCACCAUGGGGAGCUGAAGAUAACAAGAAUAAAAACCCAGAAAAUAUUUCCGUUGGUUUUUUAGCAACUUUAUUAAAAUUUAUUUCAAAAAAAGGGAAGAAGUUACAAAUUCCUUUGGUUCCUUAUACUCCCAUUGAAAUUUCAUAUACGUAUCAAACACCACCAUCUACAAAUACGUCAGAAAAGUUAAAUGAAAAAAUAAACGAUUUUUAUGAUGAGUUGGAAAAUAUUAUGAAUGAUGAAAAUGAUGAAAGCAGUGACAUUUCUGAUUCUAGUGAAAGGAUGAGGGCGUAUGAAAAUUAUAAGGUGUUAAAAAGUUUGGACAAAAAUAACAAGAAGAAAGUUUGCAGAGACGAGGAAGAUAAUGCACAAAGGGAAAACUGCCAAAGUGAUGCUUUGCGAGAUGAACAAAGAAAGAAAAAAAAAUAUAAUAAUAAAAGUAAUAAUAAUAAUAAAAGUAGUAAUAGCAGUAAUAAUAAAAGUAAUAAUGACAAUAUGGAUGAUUAUAACACUGCAGGGGAAGAGAGCGCAGGAAAAAAUUAUUCUAGUGACACAAACACGACCUUUUCUUCAGUGGAGCUUUUUGACAAUUCAAUGAUUGAUCUCUUAAAUGACAGUGAUGACAAAUUCAAGAAAAACAAAAAAAGUAAAAACGUUAAUUUUAGUCAAAUAGCUAUUGAAAAUGCUCAAAAUUGGAAUGAAGAAAGCAAUCCCAUGACAUCCAAUUUUGAUCUCUACGCAACUGGUAUGCCAGACCCAGUGGAAAACGACGUGUUUGAAAAGUACAGGAGAAACAAAGCUUAUGUCUAUCAUGAGGCCAUUGCUCAAAAGUUUCACGAGGUAAAGAGCAAGGAACCUUGGCCAGCAUGA